CUACUGAUAACCACGGAUGUCCGUACUCCGUAGUUCAUGCUGAUAACGAAUAACGAGAUAUUGUACUGGCAUUCUAAUUUCCAAGUAUUCGAACAUUUUAAACUUUCAAGUUGUCUCUUAAAUUUCAGAAUAGCAUUUCUCUGUCGCUUGAAUUCGAAUUUUUUAUGUUCUCUUAAAGUUAUCACUAUGCUUUGUGGGGUAAUAUGAACUCUGUAGUAGUGUAGUCUUAUUCUCACGAGUUGCUAUCGCCUAGGCAACUACAAUUUAUUGUUAGUUCUUAGCAUCGCAAUUAUAAAGUUGACCUAAAACAUACAAAUGGAUCGUGAAUAAUCAAUAUAUGAUGAGAAGAGUAAAGAAUAGGAAGAAUAGGAAAAGAACAUUAAAAAAACAGCGUCGGUCUGCUAAAAAUUGUAAGCAUUUGACUGUAAAAUCCAAAACGGCAGCUAUGAACAUUAAUAAACCAAAUUCCAGUGUGGUUGAUGAAAUAGAGGAUAACAACGACAAUUCACUUUCUACUGAUGAACUUAAAAGUAUAAAAACGGUUUCUUCCAAAGUAACAGUACCAAACAUUACAAAUUAUGAAAUUAUAGAUCUUACUUAUAUUGUUGAUGGUGAUAGUACAUUUGAAAACUCCUCCACUAUUAAUCAUAAAAAAUCUGCCCUAAACAUCAAUAAUGAUAAUAUAAUAGAUAUUACCGAUAUUAAUAUCACAAGCAAUACACAGGAAGAUGUCCAUAAACAAUUUUCAAGUGAUACAAUGUUGUUUGAUGGAGAUGAUGAUGAUGUCCAAAUUAUUGAUGUUCCUACUUGUGUUCAAAAUAAAUCUAUUGAACUUGUUACUAUAUUAGACGACAGUGACAUACCAAAUACAUCAAAUCGAAAAUCUGUGAAAAAACCAAAUAGUUUUAAAUCUGUGCACGGACGUCUAGGUAUUCCUACAACAGGCACAUUUAAAAGCUCAUAUAUUAGUCCUUUACGUAACCUUAAAAGGAAAUUGGAAGAGGAAAAUAUAACUAAACUGAAUUCUUUGGGUGACAACUCAGGAGGAUUUAUUAUUGAUACACAAAAAAUGCCUUCUAAAUCACAGAAUUUUAUUACGUUAGAAAAAAAACCUGUUAAGAAGUUCAAGCCACAAGUAUCUUCAACAGGUACGACAUCUAGAACCAAAAGAAAACUACGACCAAUCAUCAUUGAUGGUUUAAAUAUUGGAUUUGCACAUGGUUCAGGAACAUUUUCGGCAAAAGGAAUCGAAUUAUGUAUACAAUAUUUCACUGAUCUAGGACAUAAGGAUGUUAUAGUAUUCAUUCCACAACAUCGACAGGGACCACCUGGGUCUACAUCAAACACAAUCUUAAAUAAUUUAGUUAAAAAAAGGCAAGUUUGUUUUACACCAAGCAGAAAAGUCCAAAACACAAGGAUGACAUGUCAUGAUGACCGAAUUAUACUCAACUAUGCCCAUAAAUGUGACGGAGUGGUUAUUUCAAAUGACAACUAUAGAGAUUUAUAUGAUGAAAGUGAUGCAUUCAAAGAUAUCAUUGAAAAUAGACAAGUAAUGGUGACAUUUGUCAAGGAUGACAUAAUCGUUCCAGAAGACCAAUACAAUCGAAGAUUAACUAUUCGGACUCUUUCAGAUAUUUUGUGUUUUCCAGAAUAAAUUUAUACUGUCUAACUGUUUAAAUAUACUUCAACAAAGUAAUAUUUUAA